AUGAAAUAUGGAAAGUAAAAAAAAAAGUUACAUUCAAACAUCUUGGAUUUAACUAAUAAUUUUUUCUUUAUAUAAACAAAUUUAAUUUACAUAAAUGAUUAUGAAAAGCCAAUGAUAUAGGCUCAGACGAUAAAAUUUAAAAUACCAAAAAAGAGAUAGCAGGAAAUAAUGGAAUUUAAGAGGAAGGUAUUAUUAAUAGUAUUAUUUAAUAGAAUUGGUUAGAGACAGUAGGUUAUCAUUGA